UAACUAUUAUAAGUUAUUUUUUUCGUAAACUGAGAAAUUUGACGUUUAAUUAAAGUUUUUCUAUGAAGUGCAAAUAUUUUGUGGUGUGUUUGAAUUUUGAAGCAUUUUGAAAACUAGAUGUAUCUAUUAUUUAUUGGUAUUCGAAAUUUAAAAUAAUAAAACCUAAAUAUGAUCAAAGCAAUAUUAGUGUUCAAUAACUAUGGAAAGCCUAGGCUUUCUAAGUUCUAUCAAUAUUUUAAUGAAGAUAUGCAACAGCAAAUUAUCAAGGAAACAUUUCAACUAGUAUCAAAAAGAGAUGAUAAUGUUUGUAACUUUCUUGAAGGCGGAAGCCUUAUUGGAGGAUCAGACUACAAAUUGAUUUACCGUCAUUAUGCUACAUUAUAUUUUGUUUUUUGUGUGGAUUCUUCAGAAUCAGAACUUGGAAUUCUUGAUUUAAUUCAGGUCUUUGUUGAAACACUAGAUAAAUGUUUUGAAAAUGUUUGUGAGCUAGAUCUCAUUUUCCAUGUUGAUAAGAUUCACUAUAUAUUAAAUGAAUUAGUUAUGGGUGGUAUGGUUUUAGAAACCAACAUGACAGAAAUUCUUUCUCGGAUAGAAGAACAAAACAAAUUGGAAAAACAAGAAGCUGGUAUUGCUGGAGCCCCAUCUAGAGCUGUUUCAGCUAUGAAAAAUAUGAAUAUACCUCAACAGAUAAAAGACAUAAAGCUUCCAGAUCUCCCUCAAGCUAUAAAAGAACUUAAGUUCUGACAUCCAAAGAACAAACUUGUUUGUACAGAACCUUACCACAAUUAUACAAAUGGAGUUUAAUUAAUUGUUGUUUGAACAAAAUAUCAGGUUUUUAAUCUGUUCAGAAGUUAUUCAAUCAUUUUUAUGAUGUCUAAAUGUUUACUUUAUAUUAUAAUUUACAAUAAUAAUAUUAUAAUCAAUAACUAAAUAGAAGAAGUCAGCCAUAGUU